AUGGAAGUAAGAGGACAAAUAGUAUGUGGAUACAGAGCAUACUUACGACGUGAGCCUGUUGUGGUGCAAAUCUCAUUUGUUGAGAGAAACGAAUAUCACCUAAUGAAUGAAACCAAAGUAAAAGAUUACGGAUUUUUUAAAAUAUUUGGUGAAUUAGAGCAUGUGGUGCCUACACAGUUCGCGUUAACUUUUAAACAUACCUGUGUUGAUGGGAAAUACAAUCCGAAAUGUAAUGUGACUAGUAGCCUUAUUCUUGCGAAACAAUUACUCGGAACGAUGGUUGAAAUUGGCGUUAUCAAUCUUAAUUUACUCAUAGAUAAUCGCAAGAUCAACUGUAAAAAUUAA